GGAGAGCAAUACAAUAGUGCUCUGAAACAAGGGGACUUCGUGUCAAACAUCAUUGGAAGCGCCGCAGAGGAACGACGGAGAGAGAGAGAGAGAGAGAGAUUCUACAGUUCUCGAUCUCCUCAUCUUUUGUUCGUUGGGAAUUAUUCUACCACGUAUUUCCGAUGGGAUGCUCUGCAUCUGUUCCUGGUAAAUCCAUCGGAGGGCAGACAUUAAAUUCAGAGACUAUUACAGUAGAUUCAAGGAACUUACGAGUAAAGCUGGUUCUUUUAGGGGACUCUGGAGUUGGUAAAAGCUGCAUUGUUCUGCGCUUUGUUCGUGGUCAGUUUGACCCAACCUCCAAGGUCACCGUGGGUGCAUCAUUCCUGUCACAGACAAUUGCUCUUCAAGACUCCACAACAGUAAAAUUUGAGAUAUGGGACACUGCUGGUCAGGAGAGGUACGCAGCAUUAGCCCCCUUAUAUUACCGUGGAGCAGCUGUUGCGAUUAUUGUCUAUGAUAUUACAAGUGUUGAUACUUUCCACAAAGCACAGUACUGGGUAAAGGAACUACAGAAACAUGGCAGUCCUGAAAUCGUUAUGGCAUUGGUGGGGAACAAAGCUGACCUUCAUGAGAAUCGAGCUGUUACUGUCGAAGAUGCGGUAGAGUAUGCAGAAAAAAAUGGAAUGUUCUUCAUUGAAACUUCUGCAAAGACUGCUGAUAAUAUUAAUCAACUUUUUGAGGAAAUUGCAAAGCGCUUGCCCCGUGCAUGAUCAGCAUUUGUCAUUUAAAGGCAGUCGCAUGGUACUUGAGUGAUAUUUUUUUUGCUCAUACAUGCACUUGCCUUGUCACAGUUCGGCAAAUUGGUGCAGAAUGUCUGCUGUUUCUAUGAUGUUCUUAGGCCUAUUUGUGUAACCCCAUCUCCAUACAUGAUUGGAGGACGAGGUAAAACUAAUAUGCUUGCUGUACAUUGAGGAAGGUUCCUUGUAUAGGUUAGGUGUUGUAAGGAUCGUGCAAAUUUUAUGGAAAAGGUUGGGCUUACCAUGAAUUCUUUCCAUGACAAAAAUGGUGGCAGUUAAUCAAAUUUGUCUGGCAUCAUUCCUUGACCAAUAUCUCAGGGAUAUUUCUUCAUUUUCAGUUUGUUUGAAACGGGUUUAGCUGGAGAUACAAAUCAAAUGAGAAAUGUAUCCAUGACUUACGUGCCAAGGUAGUUUCUUCCAAUGAA